AUGGCGCUCGCGACAUCGACCAGCCGCUCUGGCAGCCUCAGAUGCGUGCGGGCCCGGGCGCCCGCCGUUGGCACUCCCCGUGUCGUGGUGCGAGCAGCGUCGGUCGCGUCGCGGAGCGGGGAGCUGGAGGCUGUCUCUCCAGCCGAGGCUGGCGACUUAAUCAAGGACGGCUGGAAGGUGCUGGAUGUGCGGCCACCCAGCGAGGUCUCCAGGCUUCCAAUUGAUGGCGCUGUGGAGGCGGCGAUAUACCUGCCUGAGACCAGGAACGACCCGGCGAGUCUGAUCAAGCGCUUUGCGACCUACAGUAACGGCGGCUGGUGGGUGGGCGCGACCCACAUGAUCCCCAACCCCACCUGGAACCAGGAGGUCGAGGCAGCCCUGCCCAAGGACGCCAGCGUGCUGGUGCUGUGCCAGGACGGUCUGCGCAGCCUGUCAGCGGCCAGGACCCUGGGCAAGCUGGGCUACGGCAACCUGGCCUGGCUGGAGGGCGGCCUCAACGCCGCCAAGCCCAACCAGCUGCCCACCAAGCCACCGGGCAAAGACCCCAGGUACGGCGGCAUCGCGGGCCUGAGCGAGCAGAUGGGCUGGACCAAGGUGCAGCAGGAGAACGGUGACUCGGCUUUUGCCGGUGGUGUCAACAACCUCCUGCUGGGUGUGGGGGUGUUCUUGGUGCUUGACCUGCUGUCCAUCGCGGUUGGCUACAUCAAUGUCCUGAUCAACGGGCCAGCAGUCUAA